AUUUGAAAUUAUAGCAAUUUGCAAGUAUGAUAUAUCUUGUGAGACAUUUGGAUCUAAAUUACAGUUGGACUUUAACACACUUGCAAAGUUUUCGAAUGUCCAGUCUAUCUAUCUAUCUAUCUAUCUAUCUAUCUAUCUAUCUAUCCGUCUGUGCCAAAGGGAGGGGGUGUUGGGCGCACAAAACUGGCAGUCAGAAGUCUCUUUCUCCACAUUGGACACACACACACACACACACUGGGCCCUUCCUCACAUGUCUCCAGACCAGUCUGUCAAAUCACGCAGCAUGUGAAGCCCCUGCGAACCACCAGCUUGGAAAACGUUCCCUCUGGAUACUUCAUUAAGCGGCUUUAAAUGUUAAUCUCUUCCGGAUAAUAUUUUGACUUCUUUUGGGCUUUUUUCCCCUUUUCUCACACAUUGGCUCAGAGGGCUUUCUGUGGACUGAGAUGGUGCAAUGCUCCGCAGGACAGCACCGCGUGUAUGUUGGUUGUGGAUCCUGCUCUCCAGUGUGUUAGUGUGGAGAGUUCACUGCGCCAGUGCACAGAGCUGUCAUGAGGUUAAAACCGCUUUCCAGCUGCGCCAAGUCGGUUCAUUAAGAUGGGUUCCGGAGACCGCAGCAACAGAUGCAGAUCUUCUCAUCUGCAAACACCAGGGUCCCACAUGUUGCACCCGCAAGAUGGAGGAGAGCUACUACGCCGCAGCCCAGAGAGACACACUCCACAACAUUCUCUCCUAUAGCUUCGAACUCAAAUAUCUCAUCCUGGGCCAUGCUUCUACCUUCCAGGAUACCUUCCAUUCCCUACUGUCCUUUACUCUAAAUCAUACCUGCUCGCUCUUUGACAGCACCUACGAGACAAUCUCUCAAGAUGCAAGACCUUUGGUGUCUACCCUCUUCUAUGACCUUGAUCUCUACCUCCGUGGCGAUGCCAAUAUCUCUGUGGAGCACUCUGUCCACAGUUUCUAUGACAAACUCUUCCCGUUGGUAUACCAACACCUGGUCAAUCCUGGCUUGGGCUCACCUGUUUCUUCCUGGUCCUCCGAAGGAAGCGAGUGCCUUCGUGCCACACGGCAUGACGUCAACCCCUUUGGCCCUCACCCACAUGAACUUGCUCAGGGACUGUCUAAGGCACUAGUGGCUGGUCAUGCCCUCAGUCGGGCACUGGCGGUGGGUGCAGAGGUUCUGAAUGUGACCGAGUCGGUGGGGAUGACAAAGCAGUGUGGACGUGCACUGGUAGGGAUGUUGUUCUGUCCGCACUGCCGUGGACUGACCCUGAUCCGGCCGUGCGGAGGCCUGUGUCUCAAUGUGAUGCGAGGUUGCCUGGCAGGCCUGUCUGAGCUGGAUGGGCCUUGGCGGCGCUAUGUAGCAUUGCUGGAGGGGCUGAGCGGGGCACUUGCAGGGGGAUACGAACUGGAAAUGGCACUUCUACGCAUCCGGGAAAGAAUUAAUGAUGCCAUCCUCACCGCGCAACUACAUGGGCCACAUCUCAGCGCCGUGGUAGGUAAAGUUUGUGGUUCCUUGACUGAAUCAGUUUCCUCCACUCCAGUCAGUCCCACCUCAGGAAGCUUGACUCCUUCAGUAAACCCCACCAUUGAACUUCAAACCUCAGUCACGUCCUCCAACCUGACAACACUACCUGAUACAGGCAACCAACAUGAGCACAUAACGCUAAAAAGAAGGUCUCUGCCUCUGAAACCGUCCAAAAACGACAAACCCAGAAGCCUGAGAAAGAUUUCAAAGGAGUUUAUGGGCUACAUCCAGCGGUACAAAUCGUUCUUCUCCACACUGCCGGAGAUGCUGUGCGAGGGGGAGGUGGUGAUGGAUGAAAACACCUGCUGGAGUGGAGAAGAUGUGGUGGAGAGUCCCAAUUGUAGGCAAUCAAAUCUCUAUCCACUCUGUGAGGUCGUGAAGUUCAUAAGAUGGCCAAGAGGAGUGAUGGUUGCCAUGGAUUAUCGUGGCUUUUCUCCAAUCCUCUUCCGGACAGAAGCUUCAUUCAGAAAGUUCUGGAGCUCUAUUGUGACACAAAUGAGAUUCCCUGAAAACACACACUCAAAAUAAACAUUUGCAUAUAGGCGCUUUUGCUAUCAACAUAUGUUCAUUUAAACAUACACUCUUUUAUAGCUUCCGAAACACAAAAUGACCAUGACCACUUCGCUUGGAUGGAAGUUUUAUAAUUCUAGAUAUAUCCCCAAUCGGGCCUCAUUUGCUUCUCAGCAUUGGCUCAGAGGUUAGAGAUCCCACUCCCCACCCACCCCCUGGACAAAUUGCCCCAUCACCAUCCACAUUAUGGCAGUAAUGCAGGGCUGGCACCAUCCAUACUGGGGGGGGCCCAGUGUCACAAACACAGGGCAGUCCUGGAGACAGGCCAUUGUUUCCAAGGAGAAAAAUGACUAGCUUGCUAGGGGUUGUUGUGGAAUCUCUGUAUUAAGACGAGACAACUUUUUAUUAUGUCAAACUAAAUUGUUUUGUCAGAAAGAUAAAGAUUUAAUGGUUCCCUAAAUGCCAAUGAUUGGCUGCAAAUAGGUCCAAUACAAAAUGUAAACUCUAAAUUUAGCUAAUGCCACAUGAUGGCAUUUUUGCCACAUGUAACCACUAAAUCUUUAUCUUUCAGACACAGUAAAUCAGUUACACAUUAUAAAAACAUGCUUUGAAUUUUCAAAUACAGAGAUUCCAAAAACUGUUAGCAUAGAAAGAAUGGUCUAGCUUGCUCAUCUGUCACAGAAAUGAAUAGUAAUUCUCUCCAUUUGUUGGUACAAAGACUAUAGGCUAUGUUUGGAAUAGAAUACUAGCAUACUGCCUACUAUACACUGAAUUACAAAUGUACAAAUGUGAACAGAAUAUGCUAACAGCAAUGCAAUGCUAACAUUCAAAAUGGUAGUAUUAUGUGUACUAGCUUUCUGAAUACUACUAGUAUGUGUAGCUGAACUACUGAUACAACAAUAAAUGUUUUUAAACAGUAGUAUACUAGUUUUUUUUAUAUACAUUUUGUGUAAAAUGUCUUAACAUUUGACUAAUAAAAUAGUUAAUGAUUAAACAAUGAGUCAAGAAAAAGACAAAUCCCAGCUGAUAUUACUUAGUUCAGUCAUCACAUUGGAAAUGGAAAGUCAAGUUGAGUGUAAUGCAUUGUGGGAUAAGUUUUGUUGUUGUAGAUCAUCUGGGUAUUCCAAAGCUUUUAGAUAAUUUGCAUUCUGUGCACAAUAUACAUGCUAAACACUGCAAAAAAUUGUGAAAUUAGCAUGUUAGCAUGGCAUGCUGAACAUAUAUUCCUGUGAUCACAACCUCUUCAAAAGAGGCAACACUGCCCCCUUCUGGCCAGAAUAGUUUUCCCCAUUUAACGGUUUGAACAUUUUGUUCAAUCAAAAUUUUUCUGAGGAAUAAAAAAAAAACAAUGAUUGCAUGUUUUUUGCAUGAACAUAAUGUAUUAGCCAUCUAAAAAUAUUCUGCCACUUGGUCAAAAUAAACAGUGGAUCAAAGAAACACAUUGAGGAAAACAUGUGUUCACAAUAUGGCUGAGCUUUUCACACUGACUCCAGUCCAAAACAUGCAUUUUUAGCUUGGACUUUUCUGGUCCAUUUGUAUAGCUACGUACAAUUUCAAUUUGAGCAAACAAGGUCAUUUUAGAAAAUGCUUAGCAGGAGUUGUGGUUCACCUCCCACUGCACAGUGUAGUGUAUGAAUGGCUGUUUCGUAGGAUGGUGGAGUUAACCAAGGAAAUGUUAGCAUGACUUAUAACUUGGUGUCAGCCAGAUUCCAAGCGACUGGAUAUGUGAGGUUACUGUGGAAACAGUAUGUUUUUGUUUUCAUUUAAGGCGACUACCAUCCCUAGUCAAAAUCCUUUUGGGUUGUUCAUGGUUUCUCUCUCUUUCGUUCUCACGUUUUGUCCAUUACUGACGCCACUGCCAAACUUUAACCCACAUAAAAGGUGAAUGGAUUGGAAAAACAUGGCCACUGCUGACUGUCAAUCAUUGUGAAAUGCUACAGCCUCGUUCUCAGUGUUGUGUCCAUGACUGAUUUUGACCUGCUUAGUUUUGUGUGUGUGUAUGUGUGUUUCUUUCCUCUGUGACUUGAAUGGUCGUAUCCCCAUUACAGCUCUAUUAGAUUAUGUGUUUUCAUUGAGGACUCGCCCUUGUGCUCACCAUAACACUUCUUUUUGUUUUUUAAGAGCUUAAGACUGAACAUGCUACUUCCCUGAUGAAAGGUGGUUUAAUGGGGUUUAGAUAGUGUUAAGUUGUACAACUGACCUAUGUUUUUAGCAUGGAUUAACUAAUAACCAUCUUAGAUUGGACAUAAACAAGUUACCAAGUAUGUCAUUAACUGGUCCAAGCUUCUCUGUAGCUUAGGGUGACCAUAUUUUGAUUACCGAAAACCAGGACACUCGGCACUAUGAGAUACACCAGCAAUGAGAUACUCAAAUGAUACUCGACGUUUACUCAAAGAUGCCUUAUAAUUUCAAUACAUUUAAAGUAUGCCUCCUCUGUAUGGAUAGAAAAUUGUUAUAUUACUAAAUGCUAUCCAUAACCAAAGACACAAAUUCAGAUAGGCUUCUCAGAGGUUACUCAAGUUUUAUUAUGACAAGUUUAAAAAAUAACGAAUGAAAUAAUGAUAGAAAUAAUGUCUCUUCUGUAUUAGAAAAAUAAUAAAUAAAUAAAAAACCUCUGCUAUAUUAGAAAUCCAAAUUUAACAAA